CUUGGACCAGAGGGUCUUUGGAGUGAAAGAAGUAGAGCUUGAGGUUGAUGUACUUGACCAGAGGGUGAGGAAUAGGGCUUGAAAAGAUGCGUUUUUGGAGAUAUUGCCAAGGAUAGGCAGGCUGAAGUAGGUUUGUGCCCUUUGAACAGUCUUUGAUUGGGAUUAAUGUGAUGAAAAGAUAAACCUGUUUUUGCGACUGUGAUGAUAGAGCUUAGUUACAGUAAUAUUGCGAAGAAACAGAUCAGGAAAGCGAUGCAUAGUCUGUCUUGAAGAGUUGCCAAAUUAUAAGUUUGGAAGUAUAUGGAGAUUAUUCAUCUAAUCUUGGAAUCUCAUGGAUUUUUAAUGACUAUAUCAAAUCGAUUUCCAAACAACAAGGAGCCUUGAAAUUAUUCAAUGUUAAAUUAUCAUUCAAACAGAUAUUCAGAAUUAUUAUAUCUGGAUCUCAUGUAGAUAAAAUUUUGCUUGCCGAUUGAUACAUUUUAGAAGGAAGUCUAUGAAGACGUCCUAUUGGAAUUUCAAAGUUAACCAAUAUCGAGUUUCGAAAUAUAAGAGGAAAUCCGUUUGUUUCUUUUACUAAUCCACAAACCUAUAAAUCUAUUCUUACCAGCUUAUCUCUUUGCCCAUGAGUUUCUACAUUACAAAGCAUCCAACUACUUGAAUGCAAGAUUACUCCAAAAGAUAUCAGAUCCAUCAAGAAAGAUCCUAACUUUAACAACAUCAUCAUCACUCUCCAAAACCGAGGAAGGACAACUGUAAUAGGCUAAGGCUUUAACCUACCUCCUCUUUGACACAAUAGAACCCAUAAAAUCCUGAAUUAAUAGUCUUCGUAAUUUCUAUU